ACUCGAUCCCCUCACAGGUGAAAAUUAUGAAACAAAACCAAAAUUUUAAAAAGGCUUGAGUUUCCUUAACUUCUUUCUGACGCAAUUAUGUUUGAUAUGCUUCACACUGGUCACAAAUUGGUGUUCAUUUUCUACAUCUUUCACUUUGAAGGCAACAAGUUUACGGAAGUCGUGUCCUUUGUUUGCCUUUUGUCGCGGCCGCACGCUCACAUGAACGCGCUCGUGUGCAGCUGCAACGAAGACAGGAUUCGGUGAUUAUGGCACAUGCAGCCAGAGGCGAAGUCGUCAUGGAGGAGUUUUUCAAAACGGUUGAGGAAUUGAGGAGCCUCAUACAAAAGAUGUCCUGCCAAGUCGACGAAGUGGAGAAAAGACAAAGUUCCAUUCUUGCCUCCUCAAACGCAGACAAGAGAUGCAGAGAAGAGCUGGAGCUGCUAAACAACAAAAUCAAGACGGAUGCAAAAUUGUUCCAAGCCAAGUUAAAGACACUGCAAGAUGAUUUCCCAGCGGACUGCAGCGGCAACGGUGUCUCCGUGAUGCAACGCAUGAACAGCAAUCGGCAUGCACACCUGACUCGCUGCUUUGCCGAGCUCAUGACGAGUCACCACAACGCACAAGUAACCUUCAGAGAGAAAUGCAAAGCCCGUAUUCAGAGACAACUGCAGAUUGUGGACAAAGUGACCACAGAUGAGGAGUUGGAGGAGAUGCUGAACUGCCACAGCGUGACCAUCUUCAUAUCUGAUAUCGUCGACUCUGGCGCUUCUCUCUCGAGCAAGGCCCUGAGCGAGAUCAAGUCUCGUCACGAGGACAUAAUUAAACUGGAGGCAAGCAUCCGACUGCUGCACGACAUCCUUGCUGACACCGCCGUGCUUCUGGAGAGUCAGGGGGAGUUGGUGAACAGCAUAGAAAAGAAUGUGGCAAGUGCCGCAGAAUAUGUGGAAGAGUCGCGAAAAGAGACGCACAAAGCAGUGACGUACAAGAAGAACCCUUACAAGAUAGUGUCCCUGCCGAGAUUCUUCAAGUCCUUCAGGAGGAAAAGGGAAGCCAACACAGUCACAGGGCCAAACGGCUCAGACCAAAACCACAAUGACAGAAACAAUACUGAUUAAACCCUGACUACACCAUGACUCACACUGUCAACCACACCGGUCAAAAUACUCCUUUUGAAAUAAAUAGUCUCCGUAGUCCUAUUGAAAGACUCAUGAAUCAAGGUGGUUAAGGCCAAGUUUAGUAAACGACAAAAAUAUACACGUUGUUUAAGAAUACAAAAUGCUCCUUUCCCAUUUCAAAACAAGAGCCGUUGGAACCAUUGGCCUCCACCAAGGUCAAAUUUUAGGAAGGAUGUGGAUUUAUGCGCCGUCGCUGAGAGACCCGCAAGCUGCAAAAAAAAAAAUAAAAAAUCAACCAGGGGUGCUGUGAUACCACUGUCUGGCCAAUAGGUGGCGGAAGAACACAAGCACAGCGAGACGAGGCCACGUCACCUUCCGCAAGGAUUUUUUUUGCAACGCUGCAAAUAUAAUUAUAUAGCCUGUCAUUCAGGUCUACAAAUCAGCUCCUAAUUCCGUUUGUGACUUGUUACAUUUUAAUUUCAGUCAUGAUGGAAUGCAGGUACUUUAAUUGGGGGGGGAAACAAAUAAAACACUUGCUUCUUGA